UGACUCUUCUAAUGCCGAAGAUGUCGAGAAGCGCUCGCAAAAGAAGUUCGCGUACAUUGUUGCCGAGGAAUCCCGUGAUGUCGAAGGUCUUGUUGAAGUCUAAGGCCAGAAGCUCGAGGUUGUCUCUGUCUGGGACAGCGAGUGUAGCUUGUCUUUGUUAUGGUGUCCAGUGGCAGUUAUUACCGAUGUAUUGCUAUUCCACAAUCAUUCAAUCGCAAGAACCAAUUUCCAUUGAUC